AUGUCAGUAUUUAGGGAGCUAAUAAUAGUAUUAGCAAUACUAGUUUUAGCAAAAACGGAUUUUCCGUUAGAAAUUGAGGAACCACUCAUUUUAAGUAAUACUGCAGAUGAAAAUUAUCGUGUUCCCGAAGAUCUGGACCCCAUACAUUUUGAAAUAGAAAUAACUCCUUACUUUGAAGCUACGAGUGAUCGAGAGGCAUUUACUUUCGAUGGAAUUGUCACGAUUACUCUUAAGGCAGUUAAAGAUGACAUCACAUCUUUGAUUAUUCAAGAAAACGUAAGAGACAUAAUUUCAGUAUCUGUUGUUGAUGUUGCUGGGCAAGAUGUUCCUCUUAAUACAGAAAAGGAGUAUGAGAGGAUACGAGAAUACCAUUUCUUAAAAAUUAAUUUGAAAGAUGGAAUUUCGUUGUUUAAAUCGAACAUAUACAAGGUGACAAUUAAAUAUGUUGGAAAUAUUAAUGAGACACCACUGUCUAGAGGUGUAUUUAGAGGAAGCUAUAGAGACGAUAAUGGAAAACUUCAUUGGUACGCAGGAUCGCACUUACAGCCUACAAACUCAAGGCAAGCCUUCCCUUGCUUUGAUGAGCCUGGAUUCAAAUCGACGUUUGAUAUUAUAAUCAACCGUCCAGCACAUUUCACUGACACAUUUUCAAAUAUGAGGAUUAAAAGCAAUCCAACGGUAGGAGAUCGUGUUAGAGAAGUUUUUCAUACUACACCUAGAAUGUCUGCAUAUUUGGUAACUUUCCACAUCAGUGAGGAAUUUAAAGUGAUUGCUGAUAAUGACAACUAUAACGCAUCAUACCGUAUCAUUGCUCGACCAAAUGCAGAUGAUCAAGGAGGUUAUGCAUUGCAAGUUGGCCCGCCUUUGACGAAGUGGCUACAAGAAUAUUUUGGUAUUGACUACUAUAAAAUGGCUGAAAAUAUGAAAAACGAUCAAAUUGCAUCUCCUGAUUGGGCAUCUGGUGCAACAGAAAAUUGGGGUCUUGUUUCUUAUAGAGAAUUGCGUCUUCUUUACAAGGAAGGAGAAACGAAUGCUCUGGAUAAAAUGAAUAUUGGAACAAUAACAGCUCACGAGCUUGCUCACAAAUGGUUCGGUAACCUUAUCACCUGCAGAUGGUGGGAUAACGUGUGGAUUAAUGAAGGCUUCGCCAGCUACUUCGAGUACUUUGCUAUGGCUGGUAUUGAUAAAUCUACAGAGUUAGACAGUCAAUUCAACAUCUUAGCUUUACAAGGUGCGCUGUCUACUGAUUCAUCUGCCUCUACAAGAGCCUUAGAGCACACUGUAAACUCCCCAGCACAAGUGACUGGACACUUUACUGGAAUUAGCUACACCAAAGGCGCUUCUUUCCUUCUUAUGUUGAAACAUUUUGUUGGAGAAGCUACGUUUAAAAAAGCCUUGAAUUAUUUCCUGUUAGAUAGGGCAUACGAGCACGCCGUCCCAUCACACUUAUUCAGUUCAUUUGCCAAAGCAGUGCAAGAAGACAAUGCUAUAAAUAGUUUUCUAAAUAUAGCUGAAAUAAUGCGUUAUUGGGUCGAGCAGCCUGGAUACCCGGUGAUCAAUGUCAAUGUUAACACGGAUACUGGCUUAAUGACUGUGACUCAGGAGCGCUUUUUCAUAAGCUCGUCAGCUAAUCAGACCGGACAAGUGUGGCCACUGCCCCUUACUUACACAACUGGCAGAGACAUUAACUGGGAUAAUCUCAAAUCAAGCAUCGUUAUGACUAAAGACUCAAUUCAAAUACAAAAACCACCAGGACAUGAAUGGGUUAUAUUUAACGUUCAGCAGAAAGGCUUUUACCGAGUAAACUACGAUUCUCAUACUUGGGAAAUGAACGCUGAUGCACUUAAGAGUUCUUCAAAAACGCCUAUUCACAGAUUGAACAAAGCACAGAUAGUCGAUGAUGUGUUUGCGUUAAUGAGGUCUGGUCGCCUCAGUUGGCAACUUGGCUUUAAAGUCCUUGACUUUUUGAAAGAGGAUACAGACUACUACUCCUGGUAUCCAGCUAUUUCUGGAUUCAGCUGGAUUAGAAAUCGGUUUUUGCAUUUACCAGAAACUUUGAAGGCGUUCGAUGAAAUUCUGUUCGAGUUCCUUAAAGCUGUCAUCGAUGACGUAGGUUUCGAUGUGAAAGAUGAUGAACCUUUGACAAGAACACUGCACAGGUUCUACCUGCUGUCAUUCGCUUGCAGCAUCGGCCACCUAGCAUGUAUUCGCGAUUCCGUCACCAAAUACAAGGCGUUGAUGACUAGUGGAACAAGUGUCAACCCUAAUCUCAGAAGGCAUGUGUUCUGCCAGGGAGUCCUCAACGGAGGUUUCGCGGAGUGGCAGUUCCUCCAACAGAGGAGACUAAAGUCCAACAACCAAGCUGACCAAGUGGCCAUGUUACGGUCGCUUGGAUGCACAACUAAUGCACAGGCUGUACAGGCGUACCUCGAAAUGAUCCUUAGCGACGAUCUCAAGGCUCAAGAUAGUGUCAACGCCUUUACUUUCCUCUACAUCGGCAGUAGAAGUAACACAAAACCUGCGUUGGAAUUCAUCAAGAAUAGACUAGAAGAUGUCAGAAGAAAAGUCGUCCUCCCAGCUUGGUUUGACAGUGUUUUGAGUAAUUUAGCUAGUUACGCACCGGAAGAAGUUCUUAAAGAUAUGGAACAAUGGCUCUCUGACGAGUCUAUACUAGGAAGGCAAGUCGGUCUGAGUGCUAUAGCCAGUGCCAGAAGCAACAUGAAGUGGGGCAGCGACCAAGCUGAGACCAUUCUGAAGGCAACCAGAGGUUCUGCAGUCACUGCUUCCGCUUCUGUAUUGUUGUUACUUGUUUCUUCUCUAGCUUUGUUGUUUAGAUAA